GGAUGCCCGAGCGGACGUUGCACUUUACAGAUGCCUCCUGUCCCAGUCCUACUGGGUCACUUUAUAUAUGUUUAAAGGUUUAGAGAUCAGGGACAUAGUGUAGGACCUCCUGGGGAUCUCAGUGACACAUCACUUUCCAGUGAACACUUUCUGGCUGAUCAGGAGGAGGAAUGGAUCUUCUCUCAAAUGACAAGACAGAUAAACUUUUACACCUUGAUGUGAGUUUGGAUGAAUUUUCUCCUCAGACUGGGAUCGUUGGGCUUCUUAAAACCCUGAGACCACAAUGGAGAGGUGAAGAUAUCCAACUAAAGGUGUUUACAGAAGGAAUUACGAACCAGUUGCUGGGCUGUUCAGUGAGCUGGGACUCGGAGGUGGUGUUGGUGCGAGUGUAUGGUCGUAUGACGGAGCUGUUUAUUGACCGUAAGAAGGAGGUGGAGACGUUGCAGCUGCUUCAUUCUCACGGCUGUGGACCAAAACUCUACUGCAGCUUCCACAAUGGCAUCUGCUACGAGUUCCUGAAGGGCAUCACCCUUGAUGAUGUUCUGCUCCAACAGCCUUCUGUCUACAGAUUGGUGGCAGGAGAAAUGGGGAAACUUCACUCCAUAAAGCAGAAUUCCAGCUCAUCUGUGGAACCUGUGCUGUGGUCUAAGUUGGAGAAUUACCUGAAAUUAUUGCAGAACUGCAGGAAUAAAGAUGAUGAUGAUGAUGAUGACGAUGAUGAUGAUGAUGAUGAUGAUGAUGAUGAUGAAGAUGAUGGGUCCCAGGUGGACAUUCCUAGCAUUGAGGUGUUAAUCAGAGAGAUGGAGGAACUGAAGAGACACUUAACCAGGGUGGAGUCUCCAGUAGUGCUUUGUCACAACGACCUGUUGAUCAAAAACAUAAUCUACAACCCGGAUGAAGGUGAAGUGAAAUUCAUCGACUACGAGUAUGCAGACUUUAAUUACCAAGCAUACGACAUUGGAAACCACUUUAAUGAGUAUGCAGGUGUAAAUGAUGUGGAUUACAGUUUGUACCCGAGCCGUGAGCUGCAGAUCAACUGGAUCACAUCUUACCUGCAGAGUGUCCGAAUCAACAGCCGUGUCGACUUACUAAUCACUCCGGAGGAAGUCAACACACUGUACAUCCAAGUCUGCAAAUUCUCACUGGCAUCUCACCUGUCCUGGGGUCUGUGGUCUCUCGUACAGGCCAAAUACUCCACAAUCAACUUUAACUUCUUGAAAUAUGCUGCUGCUCGGUUCAGCUACUACUUUGAGAAGAAGGAGGAGUAUUUAGGAAUGACUGUUCUGUAACACAAGACUCCCUCUCUAAGUGAAAAUAAACUACAGGCACAACAAUAA